CCGGUCCCGGGGUUGAACUGGUGGCGGCGGGACAUGGAGCUGCGGAGUUCUGUCGGCAGCCCUAGCAGAGCACCGGCUUCCGCCGAACUGGCUCAGACCUCGGUGACCCUGGCGCAGCUCCUGCAGCUGGUACAGGAGGGCCAGGAGCUGCCGGGUCUGGAGAAACGCCACAUUACUGCCACCCACGGCGAACCGACGGCGUCGCUGCUUCCGCGGAGGCCCAAGCCCUGGGAGGACGCAAGCUCGGCCGCAUCGCCCCGCACCACCAACCUAGAUUCGUGCACGCAGUCCCCGACCGUGGGGGUACCGGCCCCGGGCAGCCCAGCGACCCAGCUUGCCGGAGGCCCAGCGGAUUCCUGAGGUCCAGGGCUUUCGGAGCCGAGAUCCGGAGGGCGUGACUGGUUCCUGCACGAACCUGAGGACCUGGACAGCUGCCUCCUUUACUCAUCUUUCCGUUCCUGCUCUGACCUGUCUCAGCCGGACCCAGUCUUCCCGGGAGACUGAAUGCUGCCCAGGAAUUUUGGACGCUGAAUCUCAACUGCAUACCAUGUUCUGUGUAAUUGAAACAAGUCUGUUUUACCACCUGCUCACUGUAACGGACCACCUUCAGAUGGUACUGAUAAAGUAAACCAGAGAGCCAAGUCA